AGACAGUCCUGGCCAGCUCCUGUAUACACAAAUACAAGCUUUCUUUAGUUUAAUUCAGAAUUGGAGUCCAUGGUCUUUUUUCACUUCAUGGUUAAACAAAUUGCAAAUUUUAUUGGGGAUUUAUUUAUGUCAUUUAAAGUUCUGGUCUCUUUCUGGUUCCGGAGGGGAGGAUCCCUUGUGGAAACAUGAAGCUGCUCACCCACAAUCUACUGAGCUCACAUGUGCUGGGGGUGGGGCCUCGUGGCUUCCCCCUGAGCCUCCAGGCCACCGAAGGCCGCAUCAAUCCCGUGGAGUUCAACCCAGACUUCAUGGCAUGGAUGAUACUCAAGGUGGAGUGGGAGGCGCUUCUGGAGGCGGCUGACACCUUGCACCUGAUGGAGGUGCCAAAAGAGCUUACUGAGGCCUACAUGAACUACGAGACAUUUCUGAGAAAGAUGCAUCACGUGUUGCUGGAGGUGGACGUGCUGGAGGGCACCCUGCAAUGCCCAGAGUCAGGACGUGUGUUCCCCAUCAGCCGCGGGAUCCCCAACAUGCUGCUGAAUGAUGAGGAAACCAAGACUGACGCGGCCAGGGCCCCUCCGGUAUCUCGCAGCCCCCGAGGGCCCCCAGAGCAGCUCUGCAGAAGCGUGCUCUCCUGGGCCCGCCACUCUGCCUGCGCUGGGGUCUGA